AUGGCUCCUGUUCCUGGUUUCCCUGACGAUCUUAUCAGUCUCUGUCGACACGUGGAACGCGAAAUCAUCUGCUAUCUGGUUGCGCAACACCGUUUUACGCCUUGCACAGCUGCAGAGUGGCUCGUGGCCGUUGCAAGCUGUGGUGCGCUCCUUGGCACCGCUCUUGGCUUGAUCACGCCGAACAAAACUUUUCUUGCAGAACAAGGUAAAUCGAUUCUGUUUCUGACGCUGGUGACCGGAUGUACAGUAUUUGCGUGGCUCGUCGUCCUGUUCCGGAUUGAACGCUGGUCGUUCCGGGGUUGCAAGACGUCCCGGCCACCACGCUCUGACCGUAUGAGCCUGUUUUUUCGUUUCGAUCGAGUGCCACAGUACGCGACAGAGUUUCGAGUUCGAUUUAGGAUGAUCGUCUCGGGACGAGCACCUAGGGAAACGGUAUGGACAAGCGAUAUCACGCGCUUCUUCUCGAAUGAAGGAAAAUUCUUAGAAGAGUGCUUUUACAUGGAGCUCGAGCAAGCAACGUCUUCUUUUCUUAGCAAGUCGAGCAACGGCACUGAACCCGAAUGCACCCGAUAG